CACACACACGUUCUCGCUCCUUAACACAGCAUGGAGAAACUGAACAAGGUAACAGCUCCAGCCGGGGAGAAACUCCGGCAACUCCAAAAAAUAGUCCAGGACAUAAAAAAGAAUGACGACAGCAUUUUAAACCGAUGGAGGAGGUUUCAAAGUGAACAGACUGCUAAUUUUCUCAAAACUAGCAGAAACACACUUGAAAGAAUUAAGAACAAACCUCCAAAAGUGCCUGCGAGAGACUAUCCUGGUGAUGACGCUGACUCUGCACACUCAUCUGACUCAGAGUUUGAUUUUUAUGAAGACCCACAGGGUGAUGACAACUAUGAGCCUCCACCUUGUGACAAAGUCUUUAAUCAUUCAUCACCGAUCACUUAUCCUACUGGAGAAUACUUGGACUCACACCCUGGUCGACUGUCACUACCAAAAUCAAACAAACCAUUUCUUCCCUUCAAACCUUCGGGUCCUGAGAAACCCAAACAAUCAUCAAUGUGUGAUGAAGACUACAUGGACCCUCAAGAAGACACAGAUGAUAAUUAUAUCGACCCUACUGAACAAGAUUCCAGUGUAACCCAGGAGCGUUCAUGCAGUCCAGAUGUGUAUGAGGUUCCUGACAUGGAUGAUUCUCUCCGUGGGUGCAGCACAACACUGAGGCCUCCUGCAGUAAAGCUGCCCCCUAAAGCCAGUCCCAGAACAAAUAUUAGGAAGCCAGCUCCCUGCACAGAGCCAGAGGAUGAGUGUGACUAUGAAAUCUGUAAUGGUGAUGAUGAACCUGAAGAACCAGAGAAAGAAGCAGACGAAAGACCACCAUCCAUCCCCGUCCCAUUGCCAAGAGAGAAAAAUAAAAAGCCACCACUUUUUCAGAAACCAAGCCUUCCAGCAAAAGAUCACAAAGCUUCAGCAACAAACAGAACUCAGGAUUCAGCCACCUCCAUACCCAACCCCACCAGCACUGGUUUCCAUAUUAUAAACAGAAGGAUGCCUAUGCAGCGUGAGAUUGCCUGCCAGAGGUCUCCAGCAGGGAGAGGAAGCUUAUCUCAGGAGGACAGUGCCACUAGACAGCAAGAGGAGGAAGCCGGUGUGUAUAAACAACCUUGGUAUGCCGGUUCUACUGAUCGCAAAAAAGCAGAGGACGCCCUCAUGCGAUCAGCCAUGGAUGGUUCUUACCUGUUAAGAAAGAGUUCAGGAGUGGACGCUCUGCAGCCCUACACUUUAGUUGUGUUCUACAAUGGAAGAGUUUACAACAUUCCAGUGCGCUAUAUCCCCACCACCAAACAGUACGCCCUGGGCAAGCACAAGAACGGAGAGGAGCGAUUUAAAACCGUCUCUGACAUGAUUGAGAACCACCAAAGGAACGCACUGGUGUUGGUGGACACACAAAGCAACACCAAAGACUCCACCAAGCUGAAGCAUGCAGUGAAGCCAUAACACACACACAUACACACAACAGUAUCACAAUUCAUUUAAGCACAGCUCACAACCAGGCUGACAAGCAUUUUUAUAGCAAGCUACUGACUGUUGUAAUGAAGAAUGUAUUAAAGUUCAAGUCAUCAUCUGUUUUUAUUUCUGAUGAACAGGUUUGGAAUAGUUAGCACUGUAUUCAUACAUAAGCUGUAUUUUAUGCAUAUUUUGGGUUAAUAAAGUUCAUCUUG